AUGGUACUACAGUAUGAUGAGAGCGUUCGCAACCUGCUGUAUCGGAGAUCAUGCCAAUACACGCAGGGUGAGCGCUCUGGAGGCCACGUCGAGGAAGCCGCCGACCUCGUCGAGAAGGUGAAGAGCUUCAUGAAGCGUUAUCCGAAUAGUCGGACAGCUUAUGCUUGCAGAGCUGAGGGGGGAUGCACUCCCGACGCUAUCGCUGAAGCCAUCCGCUCGACAUGUCGGCAGGCGAGACGCGACCUGUUUGAAGACUCUCUGAGCGAAUGGAGCUCAGAGUCGAGAGCAUGGUUUAUUCAACAGAUGGAGGAGGCCAAGAAGCAGAAUGUCGAGACAUACAUCGGCACCGAAGGCACCGAGGGGACCUCCUUCAUCUCCAUGACUCUCCUAGGGAUUUCCUCGAUGUUUGUUCGACAAGAAGAAAAGUUGAAAACGAAGCUUAUGGAGCUAGGUCUCAUGGUAGACUCAGUCGAUGGAGUCGACAAGGCCAUCAUGUGGAAAGCACCUUACAGACCUGAGAUAGCACGAGCAGACGACAUCUCAGUCACCGUCUCCUUCCUUCGGAAUGAAGCAGCCAUGGAGCUAUGGGAAGGCAGGAGAGAAUACACUAUCGAAGGGAGAGUCUUUCGAGCCACAGAGGGUGCUGGGCAGAGAGGUCGCAAGGGGCCGAGCCCGAAGACGUAUGUUGCUGUUGGGGCAAGUACGGGAACUCUCCAGCAAAAAGAGCUGGAGUGGGUGCUAAGCUCGCCUUCGACGGCAAGUUGCGAGCAGACCUUGGCCUCGUUCAGAGAGAGCGAGGCGAUGGAGGGGGUGCACCUGACUCUCAUCAGCGACGACGCCAAGCUCAGAGAGACGUUUGCAGUCGAGCUCACAGCCGACACCUUCGUUCCUAGGGGAAAGAUCGCUAAGCAAAGGAGGGCACUUCGCGAGAGAGAUCAUGCGGGGCGCAGCAGCUUCAGAGUACAGAUCAAGUCGAGGUCAAGCAUGAGCACAGGCCGCUUCUCGAGGAAGGAGAUGGAAGCGCUGUGCGGAGGAGGUAACACAUCGAUCACGAGAGUCAAGCGAGCCAUGUUGGAGUUAGCAAGAAGGAUAGGCGUGACGCCGGUCAGCGUCGAGGUCGAGGAGGAUCGCAGAGGCUCACGCUUGAUGGAAGACAUGCCCUUCUACUUGGAAGGGAUCCUGGAAGUCAAGCUCGAAGCGGUGGGGUUCAAGCUCAACGGGCCUCAGCAUGAGGAGGAGAGGAGCCCGAGCAGCGAGGAGCAAGCUCAAGAGCCCCAAGCCGGGCAGCAGCAAGGCGCUGGAUGGCUGGAGCUCAGCGACAUCGACAGGAUCACCAUGGAAGCAGCGUCGCCGUCAGGGCCAGUCGAUCAACAGGUCUUGCUCGACCUCUCGACGAUGCUCUUGGAGACAUCAGAGGAGGAGCUGCUAGCUGGCAAGCCGAUCUCUUUGGAGCUAGACAAGAGUGUUGGCAAGCUGCAUGACACCUUCUGCUCGCCAAGGUGUCAUUAG